CUUUAGGAGAAAGGGUGCGGAGGUCGUGGUUAUUGAGACGAAAGACCUCAGGAUGGAAUUCAGGGAAUGGGAAUCUGACCAUGGAUUUGUCAGGGCAACGUCAAUGCACACGACGAUUUGCAAUCGGGAGGAGGAAAGAAAAGAAAGCCCUGAUUCCUCCUCCCUUACCAAGUCACCUGUCAAUGGUAAGGAUGACAGCUCAGCAUUGCGACGACAGCGAUGAAGACGGCUCUGGGAGGCCGUUGUGGGGGUGGUCGGUUGGGGUUUCCUUGCCGCGUUCCGCUCGUCCGGCUGCUGAGCGUCUGAAAGGAUCACCGACUCGAGUCACGAAGUCAACUUCGGGCUGGCGGAUGCCAUCGGUCAUCGUCUUUCGAUUGUUUAACUCGCCUGCAUCCUUAGCGGUCGCAGCUUCGUCGACUCCGGAGCGAGGGUGGCGAGGAUGUCGCCACGUGUCAAGUCGAAGGAGGACUCGAAAGUCGAACCGGGAUGCGUUGGAUGCGAAUCUGUCACAGCCAUACCCGUUGCAUUCGUAUGCGAUCAUCAAGGACGACCGUCUGGAGCUACCCUCGGCAGAUCGACCUCAGUUCACCGGCGGCGGCGGCGGAGCUAUCGAACGAUCGGGAUUGCGCUCAGUUUCGGGAUCGGACGUCGAAGAGGCCGAUAUGAGAUGGAAAGAACGAGGGGAAGAGAGAUUGUCCUUGGAGGCUUCUGAACAGGUUGAUGCUCGUCGGGCCGGUGGGUUGAAGUUGGGCUAUCUUCAUGAGCGGGAUGUUAGCAAAGAAGGAAAUGAGAGAGGGAGGAGGGAAUUGCAAUCCUCGUAUUGGGAAGGCAAAAGUACGGCCAGGGGAGUGCCAAGGCGCGUCCGCAAGAAAGAGAGGAGCGGUGCGGUUCGGGAGCUGUUGCAAGCGCUGGAUGAGUUACCCGAUGUCAAACCUGCUGACGCCGUUCUGAGUACUUGGAGCGGACGGCUAAGCAUGAGAGAAGCGUCCACGGUGAUGAGCGAACAACGCCAGUGCAAACGCGUCGACGAGGUUUAUCGCUGGAUGAAGGACAGUGAGGGCUGGGAUGCGGACGUGUGCGUGUACAAUAUUCUCAUCAAGGCUUACUCGAGGGAGGGGAUGUGGAAAAGAGUAGAGGAGGUGGUGGGGCAGAUGCAGCAGGAAAACAAGAAGCCGGAUAACCGGACAUUCGCGACCAUCAUCGACGCUUGCUGUCAGCAGCACCGCCAUGGUGAGGCAGCUACCUGGUACAAGAGAAUGGAGGAGGGAGGUUGUCAUCCAGAUGAGGUGACUGUACGGACGAUGAUGAGAUUGCAUGGCAAGGAGGGCAACGUAGAGGGUGCAGAGGCCCUAUUCUUCGACUUUUUCGGAUCGAGGGGCGACAGAGGAGAAGGAAGGGGAAUCCCACGCGGAAAGGAGGAAGAGGAACGAGCGAUGGGUUUCGCGGGACCGGAAAGAUCUGGAUCGCGCGCCAGCUCACGUGAAAACGAAGGCAUUGUGAGACGCUCUUCUUGUUCUUCUUGCUCUUCCUCUCCCUCUGCGCGAACGUGUAACGUGAUGAUUGACGUGUACGCGCGUGCGGGGAACUUCAAGGAAGCGGAAAGGCUGUACAGAAUGAUGAUGAGCACAGACGAGGAGGACGGCAGAAUCACUGCCAAGCCAGAUCGCGAGACGUAUAACACGAUGAUGAAAGUGUAUGGGGAUGAUAGGAAUCUGCCGGCUGCGGAACGAGUUUUCACUCGGUUGCUGGACGAUCCUGGCUGUUCUCCUGACCAGGUUUCGUACAACACGAUGAUCUCCUUGUACGGAAAAUGCGGCCGCAUCCGAUUCGCGGAGAAGGUUUACUUGAUGAUGGAGCAGGACCCGGCGAGCAAUCCCGAUGAGCUGACGUACAACACGAUGAUUCACAUGUAUGCGAGAGAGGGGCGAGUUGAGAAGGCGGAGGGCCUGUUGACGAGGAUGCUGGCAGCGGGCUUUACUCCCGAUACGAGAGUGCAUAAUGCGAUGAUUGGCCUGUACGGACGGGCCGGGCGGUACGAGGAUGCGGGGCGCGUCUUUAGAGAAAUGAGGUUGAUGGGAGGAGGGGGAAGGAGGCGAUCGAGCAAGGAAUCCCCUGUCGUCGAUCGAGCCUACAGCACGUACCAUGUCCUGAUGAGUGUGUAUGCGAGAGCAGGAAUGUUCGAUGAAGCGAUGGCGGUAUGGAAAGAAAUGAGAGGGGAAGGGGAGGAGGAGCCGAAUCGAGUAGCGUGUCACAUCAUGACGGAUGUGUGCGGAAGGGCAGGAUGGGUGGAGGAGGGAGUGGGAGUGGUGGAGGAGAUGGUUGAUCGGGGGAUGGUCACGGUGGAGGAGGCGUGCUGCAUGGCUGUCGACAUGUGCGAGAAAGCGGGGAAGGCGGACGAAGCGGUCUCGAUCUUCCGCCGGCUGAUUGCGAGGGCCGAUCUGAACCGUCUGGUUGGCGACCUGGCGUGGGUGAGGCUUAUCGAGGCGCAUGGGAGAGCUGGGAGGUGGGAGGCUGCCGUAAGGGUGAUCGAGGUGAUGAAGUCAGAGGGGUGUGCCCCGGGAGUGGCGGCGUACACGGCGGCUAUGGAUGCCUGCGCCGAAGCUCUGCGUGUGGAGGAGGCGGAGGCGUUACUUAGUCGCAUGCAAGGUGUCCACGUGGUAGAUGGUCAAGGUGAAGAGUUAGGGGAAGGUUCGGAGAAACAACUGGAGACGGUCAGGAUUGACGUUCCGGCGUGCAAUGCAUUAAUGAAAGCGUACGAGAGGGCGGGUCAGGUGAGCGAGGCCCGCCUCUUGUUCGACGAAAUGCAGACCGCAGGCCUUCCUCCCUCGCUGGCCACUUUCACGACGAUGGUUUGCAUGUACAAAAGAGCGGGGCUUUUUAAGGAGGCAGAGGACGUUCGAGAGCAAAUGCUGGAGCAGGGUUUUGCCGAUGAUCGUGUAUCUUGCAAUUGUCUUCUCGACCUAUACGGAAAGUCUGGGCGCGUGGAAGAGGCAGAGGAACUGGUACGGAGCAUGAUGACGCCGCCAAGGGAAGACAGAACGAGCGGUGGGGAUGCUGUCGAGGACGGAUCCGACGGCGCGGGAUCGGCGGGCAUCAGCAGCGACGGCCAAUCGGGCGGCGCGGGAUCCCGGGGCAUCGGUAUCGACCGCGAUUCGAACGGCGCGGGAUCCCUGGGCAUCGGUAUCGACGACGGCGGCGGAUCGGGCGGCGCGCGAUCGGGGGGCAUUGGUAUCGAUGUAGUGACGUGUAAUACGAUGAUGAACAUGUACGGAAAGGCGGGAAGUGUGGUGGAUGUGAGGAGGUGGUGGCGGAAAUUGCGGGAACUCGAUCUGCAGCCUGACCUGGUGUCUUUCUGUACGAUUGUGGACGCCUGCGGCCGCGCAGAGCUUCACAAAGAGGCUCUUGCUGGCGUGAGGGAGAUGCGACGCAGGUUUGGAAAGUUCGGGAUGAAUGUCGUGGCCUAUAACUUGGCCAUCAGGGCGCUAGGGAGGGCAGGAGAGGUGGAGGAGGCUCUCAACCUGUUCCUCGAGAUGAAGAAGGCCGGGGUGCGCCCUGAUGUGGUGACGUACAGCACCGUCAUUGCUGUGUACGGAACUGCGAAGAUGCUGGAUGGUGCGGUCAGGACUUUCCGAGGCAUGCGAGCCGCGGGGUGCGAACCCAAUGCGGUCACUUAUAAUGCUAUCAUCGAUGCGUACAAGAUUGCUGGGCGUCUUGAGGAUGCAGAUUGGGCCUUCAUACAGAUGGGCCGUUCGCCUUCGUUGACUUCAGAGAGCUGCGGCGGACGAUAAUUGAUAACGGAUCAACUGAUCGAUUUCUUGUAAAGAUCGCGCAAGACGAGCACGAUCAAAUGCAUGGGGAAUCGCGGGAAGGGGGGCCUUACACACACACACACAGAGACAGAGAGAGAGAGAGAGAGAGAGAGAGAGAGAGAGAGAGAGAGAGAGAGAGAGAGAGAGAGAGAGAGAGAGAGAGAGAGAGAGAGGUCAUGCCAGAUGAGGGAAGAUCUAAUCUGAGAUCAAGAUUUUGCAGUUUGUGGAGACGAGCGAUUGAUGACGAAGAUUGUGGAGAAUUCUGAUGAAUCUUCUCUCAGUCGGCGCUGACAGGCGAUGGUCCACCGAUGAUGAUCGAUAUUGGGAUCGCGCUCGGGUGAAACUCGGAGAGAUUGAAUUGACCUGUUGCACAAGAGAGAGGGGUUGCUUGUUCUGCCUCGCUGUUUGCAAAGGCAGGUUUAUGUCACGGCGAUGGUGACGAUGAUGAUUACGAUGAUGGUAAGCGUUCUGUUAGUUUUGGAAUUCGUUAUGCUCGGCACGCGACAAGACGGAAGUCUGGCGGCAAAGAUGAUAUUGCUUGCAUUUCCCCCCAGCAAUCGAUCAAACUGAGCAGAGUGUACAGGAAUCUCAGGUUGAUGGCACGAGUAUCCUAGUGGGGAGUUUCAGGAUGAUAAGUGACCUACAUUGAGCUCAGAAUGACAUCUGAGGUUUCUGAACACAGGUACGUACGAUACUGCAGAGAGCUGUGCAGUAUGCUACUCGGUAGGGGUCGUCACGAUUUCAUCAUAUCGAGUUGACCGACCCCAGGUACCAUUUCAUCGCAUUAUCUAGGUCCAUCAGGAUCUUAACUUGGGUCGGUUACUCGCCCAGGUUCAGAUGAUUGGUGUACCAACUGAGCUAGGCUCGUUGUUGUUAGUCGCCACGAUUUCAGAAUCGCUCACAGCGGCGGAGGGGUGUUCCUUUCGUUUCUUUGCUAGGGAGGAUCGCCGAAGGACAAGUGUCUUGUUUCUUGUUUUUUUUUUUUUUUCUCUUUCACUACCUCUUGGGAGAAGCGCCCGAGGACGGUAGGUAAAUCUUGUACAUGCAUGACUCGAAAAAGAGAAAACUACGGCGCAGUCGGGGCUUAAGUUUGAAAAUGCAUUUCAUGCGAAAGGGCUUGAAAAUGUCGAAUGUAUACAAGCUAAGGUUUCGGGUCCGGUAGGGUCACGUGGGGGUGUGUUAUGUUCGGGGGAAUGCCUGAAGUGCAUUUUUCAAACUGUUGUCUUGUGACCAUAGUUACCCCUUUCGGAAAACGUGGGAGCGCCUUCUUCAUUUGGGAACCAUUGCGGAUAAAGAGCCUGGGCGAGGGCGAGGGGGAGGGCGAGGCUUUCGGUAAUUGGCAUUGGCAGUGGUGAUGGUGAGAGGACAGACAUAAGGACAUGUCUGAUGUAAAAGCUUCGAUCUUGGGUACGUGCGUUGAAGGGCUACCCUCCCCCUCCACGGACGCCGACAUCCCACCUGACCUGCCCACGUUUUUUGUCAAAGUGGAAGGGAGUGGCAGGCCAUCCACGGGUAGCUUGUUAGCUACUGUAGGAGGGGUUCAAAUGUCAAAUGUGAUGCGUGGGGUCGUGCUCCUGCUCUGAGUUGUCCUUUGGUGUCUGGCCACGACCCGACUGCAUUCUGCGUUAAGCAACCUGCCUUGCGAUAUGGAUUUGCUCCUUAUGAAGCUGCAGCGCCACGACGGGUGGAAAGACAGUGCCCGUGAGUGUACAUAUAAAUGUGUAAAUAGGGCGUGCAAAGUAACAUCGUAUACAUAUUGACGACUUUUGACUUUUGGGUAAGUUAGUGUACUUCUCUGUGCGAGUAUUGUGUCUUGUAAGUUAACGUUUUCCAUUC